AUGUUUUCUCUUCGUCCCUUUCGCCUCUUCGUCAUCGUCGCUGCUCUUAGCACGGCGAUGGCGACCAAGUUGAACGUCACCGCAAUCGGCACCCACCGCAACAGCUCGCAUUUCGAGUGCUGGGAACUGGACCGGCCGUUCACCUCAUCAAACCAAUCAGGACUGGUCAACACCAAGACAACAGUUCUCGGAGAUGUCUCGAAGAUGACAUACAAUGUUAUCCCAGCCGGUUUUGACAGCGGAUUUCAUCCUGCGCCGACCAACCAAUGGGUGGUUAUAGUCGGCGGACUGGGUGUGAUCACGUUACCGGACAACAGCUCCACCACUUUCACCACCGAUGGUGGAGAAUUCGGCUUGUUAUUCGCCACAGAUACCGCUGACCUUACCGAACAAGGUCAUGGCUCUUUUUUCCCCGGUCCAACGGAAAGCAUUACUCUCCAGAUCCCGACUAAGAACAACGAGAUACCGAAACAUCGGGUCUUGAGUGCAAAUAAACCAUGCACCGCGAAUGAGGUCGCCGGAUUGAGAGCCUGGGCAAUUGGGGCCUAG